CAACAGGGUACAAUAUUCUGUUCUCCUUUGAAGUUACGGCUAUCCACAGACAAGGUGAACACUUCUCAUAUACCAUGUCUCUCCGAUUUUCUAGUGGGUCCAGGCAUAUUUGCUUACGGUCUGGAUCUGGAUCUGUCAGACCAUCCAAUGGAGGCACAGGCUUUGCAGGCAGCAAUGCAUGUGGCAGCUCUGUUGCUGGAAGUGGAUUUUCCUGUGCCUUGGGAGGGGGUUUGGGCAGUGUUCCUGGGGGGAAUCAUGCUGGUGGUGUCCUUGGAAGUUCUGCUUGUGCUGGCUUUGCUGGAAGUGAAGGGGGACUCCUCUCUGGGAAUGAGAAGGUGACCAUGCAGAAUCUUAAUGACCGCUUGGCAUCCUACCUGGAUAACGUGCGAGCUCUGGAGGAGGCAAAUGCUGAAUUAGAGAGAAAAAUCAAGGGUUGGUAUGAAAAAUAUGGACCUGGAUCUUGCCGUGGACUUGAUCGUGACUACAGUGGAUAUCACUUAACAAUUGAAGACCUUAAGAAUAAGAUUAUCUCUUCCACUACUGCUAAUGCUAAUGUCAUCCUGCAGAUUGAUAAUGCCAGACUGGCUGCUGAUGAUUUCCGGCUAAAGUAUGAAAAUGAGCUCGCCCUUCACCAAAACACAGAGGCUGACAUCAACGGGCUCCGGCGAGUCCUGGAUGAACUGACUCUCUGCAGGACGGACCAGGAGCUGCGGUACGAAUCUCUGAGCGAAGAGAUGACCUAUCUCAAGAAGAACCAUGAAGAGGAGAUGAAGGCCCUGCAGUGCGCGGCUGGAGGCAACGUGAACGUGGAGAUGAACGCGGCGCCCGGCGUGGACCUCACGGUUCUGCUGAACAACAUGCGGGCCGAGUACGAAGACCUUGCCGAGCAGAACCGCAGGGACGCGGAGGCCUGGUUCAACGAGAAGAGCGCCACGCUGCAGCAGCAGAUCUCCGAUGACGCGGGCGCGGCCACCUCGGCCAGGAACGAGCUGACGGAGAUGAAGCGCAGCCUGCAGACCCUGGAGAUCGAGCUGCAGUCCCUCCUGGCGAUGAAACACUCCCUGGAGUGCUCCCUGACAGAGACGGAAGGCAACUACUGUGCUCAGCUCGCCCAGAUCCAGGCUCAGAUCGGGGCCCUGGAGGAGCAGCUGCACCAGGUCAGAACCGAGACGGAGGGCCAGAAGCUGGAGUACGAGCAGCUCCUGGACAUCAAGGUCCACCUGGAAAAAGAAAUCGAGACCUACUGCCGCCUGAUAGAUGGAGAUGGAAACUCAUGCUCUAAAUCAAAGGGCUUUGGAUCAGGAAGCUCAGGGAAUUCAUCUAAAGAUUUAUCCAAAGCCACACUGGUAAAGACGGUGGUUGAAGAGAUAGAUCAACGUGGUAAAGUUCUUUCAUCGAGGGUUCAGUCCAUUGAAGAAAAGAGAUCUAAAAUGGCCAAUGGCAAGACAGAGCAAAGGGUUUCUUUCUAGCUGUCAUUACUGAGAAAAGAAUAAUUUGGGAAGGGAUCCCACACAGCUGUAUUGUUCUAAAUAGCAAAGAGAUAAUAAAAACCCUCUCUACCCUUAAAGAUAAGUUACUUAGAAAAAAUACUUGUUUUCUUAACUUUACAGGAUGUUGGGUGUUUGUUUUCAAAUAAAUAAAAAAGUUGAUGUGCA